AUGCGAGAUUCAAACUACAAAUCCAUCGCAAACAACCGUGCGGCCGUCACCAUCACCACAUCACUUUACGAUCGCCGAGCCCUCGAUGUAACCAGCGACAAGCCUCUCGUGAAUUCGUUGAACCACCUUACUUACCUCGUGUCUUCGCUGGCCAAAGUUCGCGAGACUUUGUCGGCGGAUGGCGGCAUUGAACGCCUCAUUGAAAUUCUCCAUGAAUGUCACAAUCUGGUGUUUAAUGUGGCCGAUACCGUGUUCAACAGCGAGAAAAAGCUCCUCACCGCGUGGAAAUGGACGUUGGCGUUCCAGUGCUUGGUUCUUAUAGGCACUCGUGGAACAGAGGAGAUCCGCCAAAAGGUGGUAAAAGCAGGUAUUCUUCCCAUCCUCGCCACCGUUCUCGAUAACUACCUCACUUUACACGAACGAACGUUUGCCCACGCCAAUAGCCGACCCGCUCCGCCUCUCGAUGCGCGGUCUGACACCUCGAGAAACGGUGACGAUGGUCCGCCUCCAACGGCUUCCGGUAGCAUAUCCAUCGCAAAUUUGGACGACACUUUCCUCAAUACUCAAAACGAAAGAGACAUCUUGCGCUCGCUAGGCACCUCGUACUUGUCAGCCCAGCCGAUGUCGGCGGCUGAUGCGGCCGCUGCUGCCGUGGCUGCAACCUCCAUCUCUGGCCAUGACGAAUCGGCGCCUUUUCUUGCUCAGUCUAACUCGCUCACCAGCGACGAUUACGAUAAUUUAUCCACCGAACAGCUCCUUCAACUUGUUCGCGUGAACCACAAAGCCGCUGACUCCAAGGUGGCCACCACCGUCAACAACGACAUCCGUAGACGCUAUCUUAUCGCCAACAUCGUCAAAAAGUUGCGCGAGGACAAAGAAAGUGACUUGCUCGAUGACCAGUUUGUCAAUGCGGACGACUACGACAUGGACAACGGCCUUCAAUUCUUGUCUAACAUCUACUUGCAGGACGAGCGGUCAUGUGGCCAGAAUCCUUCCACCGCCAGAACGGCUCCUCGUAACUUUACUGACACCGGUGUGAUUAUUCCUUGCGAUGACGACAUCGUGUGGUCGCUUCAGCUCUUGGCAUACAUCUCGAAAUAUCCAUACCUCAAAGACGUCCUUCAAAAAACCCACCUUGUCAUCGAUAUGAGUAUACGUGACAAGCAACUCAAAAUGUACUUGGAAAAGCAGAUGCGACUCAAGGUAAAGAACCACAUGGCAAUAUUGUCUCGCCCCACCAUACGCCCCAAAUCUCGAAAGGCUAAGUUAUCUAGCGGUUUAGAACGGUUUCAGCUGUCAGCCUCAAACUCACCCCAAAUGCUCAAUGAUCUCGACACCAUCGAUGACAUACUCGAUGAAGACAAGUUUGAGCUCGUGGGCAAGGCCGACACAACCGACUGUAUCGCGGAAAAGGCCGAAGUUGACGACGACGACGAUGAGGAUGACGAGGAAGAAGAAGCCGAAAACCAUUUGCUGACGGACGACGACGAUAGGUAUCUUUCGGAAUUGACACAGGGCGGAGACGAAAAUUCUGGCUCAAGCUCGUAUUUGACGAAAUUAUACGACUCGAUAGUCGAUGCCGAGUCGAUUGUCAAUGACUUGGAAAGAGAAGUCACCCUUUUUCAUAUCAGCGAUAAGAUCAACCGCUGCAUUGAAGUUGAAUGCAAACGGUUGAGCAGUGCCAUCGCCAACAAGCGACAAGAGCAAAAGAAAUUUUUGACCCAGAAAUGGGACUACGAUACCUACGAUGGUUUUGACAUCGACGAAACCAGUUUGCACUACUGUGAUUACGACGAGUCGCUCAUUGAGUACAAAACAGUGAAUCUCUUCCCAAUUGUGGAAAAAUUCACUUUUCUCUCCGGUACCGACAUGUACUACUGGUCUGGAGUUAUUAUGCGUAACUCAUGUCGGCGAAACGAUUACCGGGGAGGAGUCAGGCAGUGUGGAAAUUUGGAGUGCGGAAAAUGGGAAUCUUAUCCUCGCGAGUUUCUGAAGUGUCGCCGUUGUAAGCGCACCAAGUAUUGCUCCCGUGAGUGCCAAAUGAGGGCGUGGCACUGCCAUCGCAACUGGUGCAUUCCCAGCACAUCCAGCUCUUCAAGCACCACCGUCACCACCGCUACAGGAGCCCCUGCAGAAGAUGUUGUGCCGAGACCGGCCAACUUGGACUCGUUGCAGUCUAUGCCCUCUGAAACUUCUCAGGACGAAGCGUAA